AUGCCGAAAGAUUCCAAAGCAAUUGAACCGGCUAUCUCCUCUUUCCCUUCACAAGACGACUCAAACGGGGAUAGGUUCGAAGAGAUGUCACAAUACGGCUAUAGUGGUAUUAUCGAGACACUAGGAGACAGCAGAAAGAAAAAGCAAAGGUCGAAAAAGAAGAGAGUUCUUAUUAUUGAGCAGAACGGUAGUGGUAGCCACCAGACAGCUAAUACCGUUUCCUCCCCUGUCCUUGCACCAACUGAGGAUACUAUGGCAGUAGACCGGAUAUUGGAGAAGAAUCCGAGUCUGGAGAGAGCUCAAGUCGAGGAGAUGUUGCGGUUGAUGAAAUUGGAGGACAAAUUGACUGGUGGGAAGAAGGACAUGGAGAGUUAUAAAUUCUGGAACACCCAGCCAAUUGCUCGGUUUGAUGAAGAGGGGGCUUUAAAGCCAGAUGGUCCAGUGCGGGACACAAAUCCAGAAGUGGUUCCACCUCAUGGGGUUGAGCUUCUGGAUGGGUUUGAAUGGGUCACCAUGGAUCUCAAUGACCCGAAGCAUCUGGACGAGAUCUAUGAGCUUCUCAAAGCUCAUUACGUAGAAGACAAUGAGGCUAUGUUCCGCUUCAACUACUCUAUAUCCUUCUUAAGCUGGGCCCUUAAACCUCCUGGCUGGAUUCCCGAGUGGUAUGCCGGCGUACGAGUUACCGCAUCUCGGAAACUCGUCGCCUUCAUCUCAGGCGUGCCGGCGAGCCUGAGGGUCGGGUUUAGCUCUUUACCUCAUGGCAGCACGCAGACGAGGCAGACUGCAAAAUUUAGGUUGCCGUCGCGGACAAGUAUCAAGGGACUGAGAGAGAUGGAACCAAGGGAUUUAGAUGCCACUCACAACCUACUCAAGAGAUAUCUUGAAAGGUUUGAUAUGGCACCGGAAUUCGACAUAAAUGAAGCCGAGCAUUGGUUGCUACACAAAGACGCUAGUGAUUCUGAGGAGAGAGUCGUUUAUACUUAUGUUGUGGAGGAUGGAGGACGCAUAACGGAUUUCUUUUCGUUCUAUGCGCUUGAGACUUCAGUGAUAUCCAGUAGCAGCAAGCAUAAGAAGAUUUGCGCGGCUUAUCUUUCCUACUAUGCCACUGAAGUCGCCCCCAAAGAGUCCAAGAAAGAACUGAAGAUACGGCUGAACGCGCUGAUAAACGAUGCGCUUAUAAUUGCCAACAGGUUGAAAUUUGACGUCUUUAAUGCUCUUACACUGCUCGAUAAUAACUUGUUCUUGAAUGAUCAAAAAUUCACUGCAGGCGAUGGGCAACUUUAUUAUUAUCUGUUUAACUGGCGAACCGCAUAUAUCAGAGGUGGUAUUGAUGAGAAUAAUGAUAUUGAUGCAGAGAACGGAAGCGGGAUUGGUCUCAUCAUGCUGUGA